UUCCAUUCAUCAGCCUGGAAGUCCAGGGAAUGAAAACCUGCCCACUCAGUCCUCUCCCUCUGGGGAGGGGGAUAGCAUAGGGUGGGGCUGCAAAGCUGGGAUACAUCAUUCUGGCCUCUGAACCCCUCCCUUUUUCAAUCCGCGGGGAGGCAGAAGGCAGGAAAUGACUGCCAUGGAUGUGGUAUGAUUUUUACCGAAACAGCAUUUUGUGGCCCAGGCCCCAUGCUGUCCGUAGCUGUUUUCCUCUCUGAUACCAGCCAGGUGGCCCCGUCCCUUUCGCUCCCCUCCUCACCCCUUCACAUGACUUCAGCCUUUGGAUUCUCAGCCCCUGGCUGCUUUCCACAUUCCACUGCUCUUUCAGAACCCAGGCAUCCCGACCUCCAGCUGAAACCGCUGCAUGUGGCUCCCCCACCCUGGCCCCGUGACUCAGGCCUUCUGAAGGGACCAGCCCUCUUCUUGGCACUCACCAGGGAGGGGAGCAGGGGAAGGGGGGCCAGGUGGUGACAUCACAGUCGAGGGGUAUAAAAGCUUUGGGCCGAAACAGAGUUGAAAUUGAAGACACUGACAGAACGUGACCGCACAGCCUGUGUUCCUGGGGACCUCUUAGGAGCCCCAGCCUGCUACUCGCCGCAUCAAGGCCUACCUGCUGAUUCCAUGCCGCGCGCUCCCUGCCUUCUGUGGCUCCUUGCUGUCACCUUCUCCCUGGUUCCCAGAACGCAGCCCUUGGCGGCCGGAGACUUGGAAGGAGACGAGCAAGAUGAGACACCUUUGCCCGCUGUCCCCUGUGACUAUGACCACUGCCGCCACCUGCAGGUGCCCUGCCAGGAGCUGCAGAGGGCCGGCCGGAGAGCCUGCCUGUGCCCCGGCCUCUCCAGCGCCCUGCAGCCGCCGCAGCCGCCACGCCUGGGGGAAGUGCGCGUGGAGGCCGAGACUGGCCGCGCCGAGGUGCACUGGUGCGCCCCCUCCUCCCCGGUCCACCAGUACUGGCUGCUGCUGUGGGAAGGCGGUGGGGCUCCGCAGAAGGGGCCCAGCUUCAACUCGACGGUCCGCCGAGCGGAGCUGCAGGGCCUGAAGCCCGGGGGCGCAUACGUUGUCUGCGUGGUGGCCGCCAACGACGCGGGAGAGAGCCGCGCGCCCGGGCCCGGGGCGGAGGGCCUCGACGGCGCGGACGGCCCCAACUUAGGGCCCUGCGGCCGGCUGACCGUGCCUCCGCGGCCGCUCACUGUGCUGCACGCGGCUGUCGGCGUGGGCUCGGCGCUGGCCCUGCUCAGCUGCUCCGCCCUGGUCUGGCACUUCUAUCUACGCCAGCGCUGGGGCUGCCCCCGCCGAGGCCGCCCCAGCCACGCGGGGCUCUGAAGCUGCCCGGGCCUCCCCGGGGAGGUGACGGCCCACGAAGGCCAGACCGAGGGUGGCACAGAAGGCCAGGCGCUGGGCCCUUGCUGAGUGGGUUCAUGCCCCAAACUUUCCACUGUGCUCCGAAGCUGAGGUUUAGAAGGAGUAGAGAAAGUUGACAAGAUCUUUUCUUAAUGGACCAGAUAGUAACUUAGGCUUUGUGGUUCCAGGGGAUAAAAUCACAGAUAUUGUGUAGGUACUUACAUAACCAUGUAACCAUUUAAAAAUUUUAAAAUGGUUCUUAGCUUGUGGGCCUCACAAAUCAGGCUGCGCGACCAGGUUCCACGUGUGGGCCCUGUCACUGUGGGUGGCUUCCCAUGGGAUUUUUGAGAAUCAGCUGCUCUGGAAUGGGAGUUUGGGGCUAGAGACCACACCUCACCUGCUGCCUUUUGCUUAGAUAGUAAGGAUGCACACUGAGUUACGAUCCACUGUGUCUUAAGUCGGGUGGAACUAAGUGACUGACAUGGGGUGGAGAAGAGGAGGAUUGUCCAAGUGGCUGUCUGGGACAAGCUUGCUUGUAAAAAUAUAUUAAUAACAAAGGAUUUCCCCUCCCCCCAUUUGUGUUUACUGUGUAUUAUUUGUGUUGUAUAACAUUAAAGGAAAUGUAAAAGGAA